CACCAUCAUUCUACUAUCACGAGAACAAGAAACCGACAAAAUGAGCGCCAUAAACAAAGUUGUACUUAUCGGGAAAGGAUUCCUCGGAUCUGCAAUCCUCGAGCAGCUCAUCGACGGAGGCUUUGCCGUAACCGUUUUCACUCGUGAUAAAAAGUCAAUCCAAGGAGUUCCAGCCGGGGCUGAAGUUGCCGAGGUCGACUAUGCUUCUGCUGCCAGCCUUGAGAAUGCUCUUCGUGGCCAGGAUGUCGCCAUUUCCACCGUGGCUGGACAUGCCUUGGGUGGCCAAAAGCUGAUCAUCGACGCAUGCAUCAAAGCCGGAGUCAAGCGAUAUAUCCCGUGUGAUUGGGGUUCGCUCUCCACCGAUCCCGUAGCCAAACAACUUGCUGUGUAUGCUCCGCAAGUGGCAACUCAGGAGUACCUGAGAGAAAAGGCUGAAUUAGGCGAAUUGGAGUACACCAUCAUCGCCACUGGUGUUUUCCUCGAUCUCGUCUUCAUGACACCCACGCUUGUUGACUUCGAAGCCCACACCGCCCUCAUUUAUGACAACGGGAUACACCCGUUCAGCACAAGCAGCUUGGCUAGCAUUGGCAAAGCGGUUGUGGGAGCUUUGAAGAAGGCGAAAGACACGAAGAAUUCUGUGUUGUAUAUUCACGACACCGUGCUGACCCAGGCCAAAUUCAUGGCUUUGCUCAAGAAGCACUCACCCAAGGGAGUCGAGUGGACCGAGACUGCAGUCGACGCCGAAGCCGAGCUCCAGAGGUCAACCAAAGCUAUCCAAGAGUCGGGAAUGGAUAUGUUCAAUAUGAUAGGGCAGCUCAAGGCCGCCUUUCUUGGAGGCAAAUACGGUGCGGCUUACAAGCGUGUUGACAAUGAGCUUCUUGGUCUCGGACUCCUUGACGACGAAGGCUUGGAGGCGAAAGUCAUUGCCAAGCUUGGGAACUGAUGGGCAAAUUCGUGAUUGAGGGUUGAAUGCUAGACUCAAUUAGGACAAUUAUAUCAGCAUCAUUCCGUCUGCAGCUUGUGUAAUUUCUUUUGAAGGAGUCAAACUCUACGGCAAUGUGUUUGAGUGCGGAUACAAAUUGCAUCCGCAAAACUAGAGAAAAGC